AGCUGUCGCUCAAUCGCGUAGUUUCCGGAGACCUGUUUGCCUGGUGCGCUGUUCAUGGUGUGAAAGCCAGCAGCUCGCGUUGGCCCUCGCCUUGGUGUGCAAUCGAAAAUCUCCAAAAGAAAGGGUCAGGGGCCUCGGGCGAUCAACAGAGCGGUGCUGGUGGCCCGAAUGGGAGAUCGGCAGCCGGCGUCACGCCUGCUGCUGGCGUGUCUGCUGUUCUCGACGUUGUUAUUGAACUGGAAGGUCAGAGCCAACACAUUGACAAGCAGCAAUGAGAGGCAAUCGAUAGCAAGCGAGCGACAUGGCCUUUUACGAAGAUUAGCGUCCUUUGUACCGGCUGAUGGGGAGGGUGAGAGCAGGCAUGCGCUUAGAGCAGAUGUGGUCGGGGCACUGGAGGGAGGGCAGAGGAGGCGGCUGAAAGGGCAGACGUGCAUAGGCACGAACUCGUUGCGGAUCGGCUGCGCGUUCCAGUGGGGCUUACCGCAGUGCUGCGAUUCGAAUCCGAAUUCGGGCUCCAGCUACAACUGCCAGCCGCCGCUGCUCGGCAACUGCCCCUCGGGCACUUUUGCCGCCUGCUGCACGCCCUGACAGCCAGCUCUGCGCAUGACUGAACAACUUUUGAUGCUCCCCGCCGAGGCCUCUUCAAUCCCCGAAGGGAGGGACUCGCCAUAGCUGCCGUGAGCGCUGAACUGACCUCGGAUGGCAGUCCCGGAGAAGCCCAGCUGCAGCUGCAAACUCAUUGCUGAACGAAGCUUUGUUGCGCCGCCGGCGAGGCAUUCCCCUUUUGUGUUAUGGAGGAAGGGGGGAUGUGAUUGGGGUCUUGAGGAAGCAGAGCGAGCCACUCAGUGGCUGCCAUUGGGAGUGAGAAAUCACGACAGGAUGAUUUCUGACCUGCCGGGAUGCAUGCUUUUCUUUACAGCAAUCAACGAAGAAGGACGUCUGCUUUCUGACAUGAUGUGCAAGGAACCUACCUGUGAGGAGAGGCGUUCAGCAGCUUGUCAAGCCUCUGUCUAUCGCACGAAUGCUGUAUUCGGCAGCGGGGCAUCUGAGGGGAAGGGCUGAGUGGGAGGUGACUAGCAGCGCGGAUCUUAGGCCUGCAGAAGUAAAUAGAGUAGGGCAAUAUGUGCUGCCAUGUGCGGCAAUAAACAUCUUCCCCUUGUCAACUUGUCCUGUUCAUAGGUGCAGACAGGAAAAUUAUUGUCCUAAGCGCUAGCAUUUACUCUGGACAAUUUGUGAGGUUUUGUUGCUUUUUGCACCUCGUAUGAAGUGCGCUUAUUUUGGGCUGGCAAUUGUUUUGGCAGGGUUCAACCAGGAUUAUAUGGAAUCCGCCUGGGGUGCUGCCCUGCUUGCAGCAGUACCCUUUGCAGCGCUUGUUUUCUUUUGAGCUCGCAGCUGGCCGGUAGGGGAAUGCCAUUGAGAAAACUUGUUAUGUUGCGGCUUGCAUGUAUAGGACCUUAUGACUCACUUUGUUCCUGCAGAUUGGCAUUUUUGCUGUGGCCAACAUGCAUGCAAGGCGUCUCUUGUAUAGAGAAAAUUUGAUGGGAUAAUGAACGCUUCAGGCACAUCUUGUGUGGGCUGUAAAUGGAGCAGAUAAGGACAGAUCUCUCACUUCUGGAUAAGAAUUUCGGUAG